CAGCAAGAUUUGGAAGGGCUGUAAUUCGUGGAGCUCUUUUAUUUGGAUUUCGUAGCCUCAUGUAAUCUGAGGCCCCAAAUUUCGUUUCACGAGCUGGCAGUAGAAUAGAAAUCAUGGGAUUGGCAUCUGUGAACCCUUCCAGUGAAGGCCUCCAACUGUGCAUAUUUGAUUUGAGGAGGGGACAACACGAAGGGCAGGAACUCGACAAAAUCCUCUUCUUCUAUCCUGCGGAUCUGCCCUUUUCAACCCAACUCUCAGUUACAGGCCUGAGUGAAGGCCUUAUCACGUUCACUCGAAUUUUCUCCCCAGAGGCUGCUUGUGAGGUUAUAGAAGCAGAGAGGCACUCUCAUGUUUUUUAUGAGCCAGAGCCAGAUAUCUGGAUGGUUAUGGUAGUGGAGAAAAGUAAGGAGGCUGAAGCCAUAUGGAGGACUGAUGCAUUAAGAGAGGUUCUCAAAGAAGUUCACUCUCUAUUCAUGAUGUUUCAUGGAUCUAUAAGAGCAUUGCUUGAUAAAGAGCCUGGUGGAGGAUUAACCCGAUCUCAUUUAUACCCCUUUGUCAUGGAUUAUCUAAGGGCAUUUCGAAAGCGGUCUCCAUGGGAUAAGUGCUGCUGGGAUAUUUUCAGUGGGAAGAAACUCCAAUUGCCAUCAUUCCAUGACUGUUUAAACGAGCGGAGAACUGUACAGAUGUUAACUGUAGGACGGGAGGCUGCAAUUGAAGUUCAGACACUUGUCAGGACACUGGAAUCUUCUGCUGGGAACACACAUUGCUUUUCACUAAUUCUAUUUCAGGACCUGCUCGUAUCCAGUACACUGCCUCCUGAGGAUACAAUAAACUUAUUCACAUAUGCUGUUCUAAGGUUGACCCCACGUGCUCUAUCCUCUGGAGUAAGUUCCUGGUCCUAUUUACGCAAAGGAUAUUCUUCAUCUCAAGUUGCUGGUGGCUCUACCUUUGCCCACUCUGGUUCUGUUGCUGAACAAUUUUCUGGUUCUGUUGCUGAACAAUUUUCUGGUUCAUGUGAUACUUCUUCUGGAGAUGAUAGAUAUCGAGUUGUAAGGCCCUUGCAGAAUGACAGGUGGUCAAAAGGGAAGGAUGGUUUUCUUAUCACUGAUAUUUGGGGCACAGAGGUUGGCGACUUGGAUUUGGCCACACCAACGGUUUGGCUAAAGCAUACAGAGGCAAGGAUGUAUCUCUGUGCUUAUCAAUACAAAAGCCUUACAGUAAUCUUUCUCAUUCCGGUCAACUCCAUCCUAAAUGGUGAGCAAGGUGUCUCAAUGGAAAAGCAGAAAUUUCUUGAAAAUGCAUCAUUAAAGAUUCUGAAAGUUGAAGAAAAAUUGUCAAAAGGAUGGGGAGGUGAGAAUGCUUAUCAUGUCAGUGGCUAUCGUUACUUGUUAGUGGACAGCAAUAGAGCUAUAUCCAGGGCUUCUCCUGCAGGAAAGGUUACAACCCUAACGAAGGAAUCUUUACUUGCCUUGCAUAUGCUUAGAGAUGAGGUAGAUUUGGAGAAAGGUAAAAACAAAUGGGAUCACAAGGCUCAUGACAAAGAUUUGGAAAUGUGCAUAAGAGCCAAAAACAAUGCUUGGGUUAUUGCUAGAAUUACUGGAGGGAAGGAACUUUAUAUGGUCUUAGAGAAAGCAAAUGAAAAGCUUCUUUAUGCAUCUGACGCUGUUGAGAAGUUCAGUGACAGGUACUGUAAUGGAGCUUUCUCUUUGGAUUAGAGUGGCAUUUUACAUGCUUCAAUAUCGGUUGCUCUGGCAGUUCAGGGCGUUUUUUUUUUCUUUUUUUCCUUGUUACAUAGCCAUUAAUGGUUUUUGCAACAUAAAAUACCAAAGCAAAAAUGUAUCUUAUCUGUUCAACAUGUUUAUGUAAGAAUAAAUCCCUUUACUGCAA